CUUUCCGUUAUUCCAGGAAGUGUACGCACUACGCAGUGCUAACUUUAGCUGGUCUGAAUUUACAUUCUGACUUUCAUUGUUCGUCGUGGGCUAAAACAGCCAGUAAACAUGUCUGGAGGGACUCGUCUGGAGAACGCAAACCCGGUCAUUUUCCAGCGGUCUGGAGAGAGACUGUUGACGGCGUCAGAUGAGGAUGAAGACGUCCAUGAUCCGAUCGACGACAGAGAAAUAUUCGAUCUGAUCAGAGCCAUCAACGACCCAGAGCAUCCUCUGUCUCUGGAAGAACUCAAUGUGGUGGAGCAAGUCAGAGUCAAGGUGAAUGAUGCAGAGAAUACAGUGGGUGUUGAGUUCACACCCACAAUCCCUCACUGCAGCAUGGCAACACUCAUUGGUCUGUCAAUCAAAGUCAAGCUGCUACGCUCCCUGCCAGCCAGGUUCAAAAUUGAUGUUCACAUCACUCCUGGGACUCAUGCGUCAGAGGAAGCAGUGAACAAACAGCUGGCAGACAAAGAGAGAGUGGCUGCAGCUCUGGAGAACUCCUCGCUGCUUGAGGUGGUCAACCAGUGUCUGACCAACAGGAGCAUCUGAGCAGCCUAUCAUCUUCAUUUGUGCCUUCUUCAUUCAGCCUUGAAUGUAUUUUCAACGGUCAGAUCUGUUUGGCUCUUUCUUUGACAAGUGAGAUGUGUCAGCCAAGCUGUCUCUCUGUCUGUCCACAUACCGUAUCACCUCACUGAUGAACAGCUCUGACUUGUGGACACUUUCUGAUCCUGCAAAACAAAGUCACAGUUUGUUUUAGAAGUACAGGGAAAGAAACCAUGUUGACAACUGUGUCCACCCACAGAGAAUACUGCAGAAGGGAGAGAUUAUUCAAAUUGUGAAUUUGGGGGGAAAUAAAUUCUCCUAUUUAGAUUUAUAUUAGAAGAUACCGCCCUUUCUUAUAUAGUAUAUUGUCACAUGAGAAAACAAUUGGGACUCAUCUGCUUAGAGACUGUUCAGACACUUGUUUUCUGUACAUUAUUUUAAUCCUUCAAAAAUGUAAUUAAAUGUAAUUUAAAUUAAA